CGUUUAAUAAAAAUCGGUUUAUUACUUUGUUAAUGUGAUUAACAUUUUGAACAUGUAACCAUCUCCUUCUGGGUUUAAAAAUAUUUGAUAGAAGAGGACGCAAUCGUUUUCGAUUAAAAUAUAUCUCUGGGUAGGAGGUCAAUCGAACAGCCGUCAAUUUCUUUGAUGUGUGUCUGCCAGCCAUAUUGUAGUGAUUGGAACUGAUCAGUGUAUUUCUGUGACGAAAUGGCGGUAUUUAUGAUCAGUGACACACUUUGUUGUGACAAGAAAAUAUAAGAAGGUAACAUUUCGAAAAUAAUAUUCAACAUUCAGAUGAUAUUUCUAAACCAACUUUUAUUUUUCAUUCACGCUUUUCAUCGGACUUACCUGUAAAUUAUUAGACACGCUAAAUGUGCAUAGUGAAGUAACGGCAGUUACUCAGUAGAGACGCACCGGUAAAUAAUUCAGCAUGGAUGGCUUUUCCAAUAUCUCCAAGAAAUGUGCAUUAUACAUAUUUGUGAGUUUGAUUUUAAACGUAUCUUAUAUUUAUUGUGUUCUUAUUAAAGUGUCAGAUCAUUUAAUACCUGGAACAAAAGUAUUUGAUUCACAACACGGGAAAGGAUGGAGUUACUCUAUUUACAAUGAAAAUUUAAGGGAUUUUUCAAAUGACUUUCUGGUCAUAAAUUCAAAAACAGGUGCAGUUUAUUUGAAUAAACCUGUAAAUUGUGAACAAUAUGACAAUCCAAUGUAUUAUAGUAUUUUAUCCAAAAAGAGUUCAUACUUAGAUAAAUCAUCAAAUAUAUCUAGAACUCCUUUAAAAUUUAUAUUGGAAGGACAAAAAUGCAAAGUUCCAAAUCACAGAAAAUUUGGAAGACGGAAAGUUAGUGACAUUCAUCAUAUUGUGGUACAGAAAAAAUUUAAAAAGUGCUUUACACAGUAUCAAAAUAUAUUAACGCUGUUGGACUUUACUUCAUUUAAUCAUCAAAGUUGUAAGAUUUUGGAUGUCAGUUUUGACAGUCAAUCUUAUUCAUUCAAAACAGAAAUUGGUGCUAUUUUAACAACUAAAGAAAUUUGCUUUAAAUCCAGUAACAUUACAGUAUUUGCAAAUGUUCUCGUAUCUUGUAAAAACAUAUUGGAAAUGGUUCCAAUAAGCAUUCUACUUCAAAAUAUGCAAGAUUCAGGCAACUUUGAUGUAAUGUCUUUUGAAGAAAUCGAUAUGAAGUUUAAUAUUCAUCGACGAUUUCGCAGACAAACUGAAAAUAAAGAGCCUUCAUUUGCCCAAACACAAUACAUAGCAAAUGUCAAAGAGGAGCAGAAUCCAGGAGUAACAGUUAUAUCAAUAACCGCUAACGACCCGGAUUCUGGAGACGCAGGUACUUUAACAUACACAAUGAGUGCUCAGUCGGACCAGAGAAGUGACGAAAUGUUUGCAAUCAAUCCAAUUACAGGAACUGUUAAUACAACAAAAAAACUUGAUCGAGAAUUAAUCCAGACUCAUUAUUUUAAAGUUGUGGCAACAGAUAAUGGCGAUCCUCAGAGAAAUGCCUAUACCUUGCUUAUUGUUAAGGUAAAUGAUGUAAAUGACCAUAAACCUGCUUUUGAUCAAAAUGUAUAUUACCAGAACUUACAGGAAAAUGUACAACUUGGAACAACAGUAAUAACGAUUCGGGCUACCGAUGGGGACCAGGGAGACAAUGCGGUUAUUACUUAUAGAAUUAUAAAUCCAACAGGCAACAAUGACGCUUUUAUGAUAGAUCCUUCAUCUGGAAGUGUAACAACAAAACAAACCAUAGACCGGGAAAAAAUUGAUGCUUAUCAGUUGUUGAUUCAGGCUAUCGAUAACGCUGAUGUAACAUCACGAAUGUCAUCAACAGCAACACUCAAUAUUAAAGUGUUGGACGAAAAUGAUAAUAAACCUGUGUUUAAUCAGACUUCCUAUACUGUUACCAUUUCUGAAGAUCACAAUUAUAGUACUGAUCCAGUGAUUGCUACUGUGCUUGCUACAGAUAUGGACUCAGGAGUGAAUAAAUUAAUCACAUACGACAUCAUAGGAGAUACAGGAAAUACUUUCAGUGUGAACAGAAAUACUGGUCAACUUUCACUGCUCCGGUCCCUUGAUUAUGAAUCAAAAAAGGAAUAUGUUGUAAAUAUUCGAGCAACUGAUGGAGGUUCUCCCCCAGAAAUAAGUACAGUCACUGUUACCAUUGAUGUGAAAGAUGUUAAUGACAAUGAUCCUGAAUUUUACUCUGCUCCUUAUCAAGAAUCAGUGUUGGAAAAUGUAGCUAUAAAUUCUUCUGUUGUAUUUGUAGCAGCACAUGAUGCUGAUUCUAACGAAAACGGAGAAAUCGAAUACAGCAUUAUAAACAUGCCAGUUAGCUUUCCUUUUCGCAUAAAUCCCAGGAAUGGCGAAAUAAUAGUGAAGUCUGCAUUAGAUAGAGAAGCUGUUGAAAACUACAAUUUUGUUGUUAUGGCGAAAGAUAAAGGAAAUCCACGACGCUCUGCAACAACAAAUGUGCAGAUAACCAUUCGAGAUGUGAACGAUAACAAUCCAAAGUUUGUUAAGAAAUUUUACAAUGCAAGCGUUCCAGAAGAUGCACCGAUAACACAUAGAAUAUUAAACGUGAUGGCCACUGAUUCUGAUGCAGGUGAAAAUGCUCUUAUAACAUAUUCUAUUUACAGUGGAGAUAAUCUAGGAAUGUUUAGAAUAAGCCCGUCAAAUGGAGAGGGAUUAAUUACAUUAGCUGGGAAAUUGGAUUUUAAGGUCCAGGGUCAGUACAUAUUGACAAUUCGAGCAACAGAUUCUCAAGGACUGUUUGACACAGCAGAGGUUGUAAUAAAAGUACUUGACACCAAUCAGAAUAGACCAGAAUUUCAGGGGACACCAUACACAUUUCAGGUUGAUGAAAAUACUGAAGUUGGUACCUCAGUGUACAAGGUCUUAGCUUUAGACAAAGACAGUGGUGAAAAUGCUAGAAUUUCAUAUCAGCUUCAUGAUACAACAAACUUUGCCAUAGAUGCCAAUACUGGGGUUAUAACCACCAGGGUAACCCUAGACCGUGAAGUAAUGCAGGGUACAACAUUUGUUGUCACAGCUAGCGAUCAUGGAAUACCUGCUCUCACAGCCACAACAGAUAUUCAAGUACACAUCGGAGAUGUCAAUGAUAACGCACCAAUAUUUAACAAGAUUUCUUACAUUGCUGCUGUUAGGGAAGAUGUCACUGUCGGGACUCUAGUGGUUGAAAUUUCAGCAAGUGACAAAGAUAUUGAUCAAAAUGCUAAGAUUCUUUAUACCUUUGAUAAUGGCAACAGUGGCAAUGGAGAUUUUGAAAUUGAUGGUGGAUCUGGAAAAAUUAGAACUGCCAAACUCUUGGAUCGUGAAGUUGUUCCAGUUUAUCAUUUAAAGGCAUUUGCAAAAGAUCUUGGUGUACCAUCUCAAUCAACUGCUGUAAAUAUAACCAUCAAUGUCCAGGAUGUCAACGAUAAUAGUCCAGACUUUGGUCAACAAGAGAAAGAAAUAUAUGUUCCAGAAAAUACUCCCAUCAAAACUGUUAUUGAUUAUUUUUCUGCGAGUGACCCUGAUGAAGGAGCUAAUGCUAUAGUUGAAUAUGAAAUUCAAAACACAUUGGAUUUUAAAUUCUUUGAAUUGGAUUAUAAACAUGGUGAGCAAGCAAAGCUGAAAAACUUAAUAAAGUUUGAUUAUGAAUCUAACCGAAAACGCUAUCAAAUUGAAGUGCUUGCUACAUCUACACCUUUUUUUAGUCGAUUGAAGAUUAAUAUAAAUGUACAGGAUGUCAAUGACAACAAACCAGUACUAAAAGACUUCUCGAUAAUCUUCAACAAUUAUGACGAAAAGUUUAUAACUGGAGUUAUUGGUCGUAUACCAGCCUAUGAUCCAGAUGAAUCGGACCGAAAUAAAUUGGUGUAUAAUUUCACACUGGGAAAUGAAGCAAAUUUUCUACAUCUUAACAGUACUACAGGGGAGAUAACUCUGGAUGAUCGUUUAAAUUCUGAUAUUCCAAGGAAUGGUACCCUUAAAGUCAAAGUUUCUGAUGGACUCAAUGAGGCAAAAGCAACAUGUUAUUUGUAUGUUAGAUAUGUUUCCAUGGAAAUGCUACAGAAUAGUGUAACUAUCCGACUCAGCAAUAUGACAAUAGCAGCAUUCAUGUCACCAUUGUAUGAUUUCUUCGUUGAUGCCUUGGCCAACAUUUUAAAGACGGAGGAUAGAUUUUUAUAUGUAAUAAAUAUUGAGAAUGAUACAGAUGUAAAAAGUCAAGUGUUGAAUGUUAGUGUGUCUGUUAAGAAGAAUGAUGGAUCAUUCUACAAUGCUGAAUACAUACAAGAACAAAUCUAUAUUCACAGAGUAAUACUAGCUGAACUCUCUACAUUAGAGGUUCUACCUUUUGAUGAUAAUGAGUGCUUGGUAGAGAUGUGUCCCUACUUUGACAACUGUAUAUCUAGUCUAUCCUAUGGAAGUGCAGAACCCUUUGUUAGUUCAGAUAUGAUGUUGUUCAGGCCUAUACGACCAGGAAAUGGAUAUAAAUGUGUUUGUCCAUUAGGGUUUGCAGGUAACAGCUCAGCUUUUUGUAGUUUGGAAGUGGACUUAUGUUAUAGCAACCCUUGUAGAAACAAUGGCCAGUGUAUAAGAAAAGAAGGAGGCUUCACAUGCAAAUGUGCACAGAACUUUGCAGGAAAAUUUUGUGAGAUCAAUACCAAAGAAAAAUUUGAUGUAACAAAUUGUCCAAAUGACCUGUGUCAGAAUUCUUUCCCAUGUGUACCUCUCAUCAAUGGUGGAUUUAGAUGUGACGGCUGCCAGCAAAUACAUUACAAUGAAUUCUGUCAACUGACAACUCGAAGGUUCACCAAAGGAUCUUAUCUGACAUUUCCAUCGUUGAAAUCCAGGAACCGAUUUAAGAUAGAAUUAAGAUUUGCUACACAAGCUAAGAAUGCCUUGCUCUUCUACAAUGGACGUUUCAAUGAAAAGCAUGACUACAUUGCCCUGGAGAUAAUUGAUGAACAAGUCCAGUUCUCUUUCUCACUUGGCAAUAAUACAAUCAUAGUGAACACUAACGUCCAAGGUGGUGUCAGUAAUGGUGAAUGGACAUGGGUCAGUGUGGACUACUUAAACAGAACUGCCACAUUAACAGUAGGUGAAGAUUGUGAUACAGCAAUAACUGUCAAAUAUGGACACAGAUUAUCAUCAACAUAUAGAUGUGCUGCAGAAGGAAAAUCAGUACUCCCUACCAUUUGUGACAACCCAUCUGAAAGUUGUUUCAGACUGUUUGACCUGACUGGUCCCCUGCAGAUUGGUGGCUUACCCAAGUUACCAGCCCAGUUUCAGAUACAAACCAAAGAUUUUGACGGAUGUAUUAAAGACUUCUACUUAGACAAUGCACUACUAGAUUUGAACCAGUCUGUAGCUAGUGUUGGUACAUCACCUGGGUGUGAUUCUAAGAAACACUUUUGUAUUGGAGAUCCUUGCAAGAAUGGAGGAACUUGUUAUGAAGGAUGGGGGACAUAUAUAUGUCAGUGUGGACCAAACAAAAAAGGCAAAGACUGCACUGUUGACAUAUCUGAGGGACCAAGGCGACUUGAAGGAACUGGAUACUUGUCUUACCAACCUUCUUCACUUCCAAGUCCUACCAUUUAUUUGGACUGGCAUAAUGGUAUUUCUUUCCGUACACGUAGUACCAAUGGUGUACUCAUGCAUAUAGUGAUAACUGGUGGAAUAUCUGUUCUCAUGCAGUUGGAAGAUGGUUACAUCCACUAUAAUUAUACAGACAGUAAUGGUAAUGUUGGAUUCGUAUUUGAUCAUGUCAAGGUCAAUGAUGGUUCAUGGCAUUAUUUUGAAGUUCGCUGGCUCAAAGUUUCAUCAGAACUGAUACAGAUCUUAGACUACGGCCAUUGGACAAAGACCUUUACAAUCCAGUCCACCAUAGCAGGUAAACAGAUCCAGCAAGUGAUUGUUGGUGGCCAGAGACAGGGAACAGGACCAGUCAUCAAUCAGUUUACAGGUUGUGUUCAGAAUGCCCUGGUAGGAAACAAUGGUUAUACAGGUCUGACUAAACCUGAUGUACACCAAGCACGUGAAGGAUGUGUUGUUGACAAUCCAUGUUCCAAGAACCCAUGUAGUAAUGGAGCAACUUGUGUAGAUGAGUGGGAACAAUAUUCUUGUAAAUGCCCACCAGGUACUAUUGGACCAAAUUGUCAGGAUAUCUGCCAGAAUUACAAUCCUUGUGAAAACUUUGCAUUCUGUAGAAGUCCUUCACAAAAUUUGUAUGGUUACCAUUGUGAAUGUGGGGAAUUACAGAGUGGACAGUAUUGUGAUGAAGUUCUCUUACAACCAUGCCCAGACAACUGGUACGGCUUUCCAAUCUGUGGACCAUGUAAUUGUCCCGAGGACAAAGGAUUCUCUGGUCACUGUGGCACUACGAAGAGAGAGUGUAGAUGCAAGUCUAACCAUUAUCGCCCAGUUGGAAGUGAUAGAUGUUUCCCAUGUGACUGUUACAUGAAGGGUGCCAUUAAUGACACGUGUCAUCCUGUGACAGGCCAAUGUCCUUGUAUGGAAUCUGUGAUUGGUCGACAGUGUAAUCAGUGUGAAAGUCCUUAUGCUGGUAUCACUUUACAAGAAAAAGAAAAAGGCUGUACAGUGGUAUAUGAUGUCUGUCCCAGAAACUAUCUAGGAGGUGUAUGGUGGGAUGGUACACAGCAUGGAUAUGUCAGAAUCAGAGACUGUCCACAUGGAGGAAAAGGUGAUGCUAAAAGAAACUGCAGCCAUGAGACAAGGCUUUGGGAUGAACCAGACUUUACUAACUGUACCAGUUCAGGCUUGACCAAAUUAUUGGAACAGAUUAGACUGAUAGAAGAAGGAAAGUUAAAACUGAAUCCAUUUGUAGCCAAGACCACUAUGAAAACAUUAGCUGAGUCACUACAAGCUGCACAAAUAUUGUUUGGUCAGGAUCUAGAUAUCACUUACAGAAUCAUAAUGACUUUAUUGGACUAUGAACUUAAACAGACAGGCAUGAAUCUUACAUCAGAGCAAGAUGGGAAAUAUGUUCAGAAUUUACUAGAUGCUUUGAGUGUUAUUUUGGAUCCACAAUACAGUGAGGAUUGGAAGAGACUGCAAACAUCAGAUGUCCUCCUCCAGAAAUUAGAAACUUACACUGAAAAGUUACUGACAACUUUAGAUGAGCUACAUAAAAUUCCAUAUAGCGUUGUAUCUGCUCGCGUUGUGCUAAUGAUGGAUACUGUGAAUAAAAGUAACUUCAGCUCCUUGGAAAUUCCCAAAUUUGAUAAUAUUGUACAGAAGUCAACUUAUGAUGAUGAAACACAUGUAGAUCUACCUAGUGCUGUCCUGUUUUCAGAACAGUCUGUUGCAGCUGAGGAGAAUCCUGCACUGAUAUCCCAGAUAUUUGAAAACAGACAUGUGCCGCAGUCUCAUAUUGCAUUUGUAAUGUACAAGACUCUGGGGAACUUGUUACCCAACAGAUACCAGGAGGAUGUAAGAAUUGUCAGUGAUAGACCAGUCAACCUAAAUGCUCCAUUAGUGACAAUUAAGAUACGGGAUCAAGGACAGAUACACAGUGGUGGGUUAAAACAACCUAUCAAACUCACUUUCAAACAAGCUGUCAACAAAAAUCGCACAGAUCCUCAGUGUGUUUUCUGGCAGUUUAACGGAGGGGGUCAGUGGUCAAACCAGGGUUGCUCAGUUGAUAGCAGAUACGAACUAGAUGUCAAAGAGGUUAAUCCAGAAGACCCUACAGAUGUCAAAGUCAUCAAACAGAUGUAUGUAGUCUGCUCCUGUAAUCACAUGACCAGUUUUGGAUUAAUGAUGGAUGAAGCUGAAAAAGAGUAUGUUGCAGAAGGAGCUGUGUCAUUAGAAGUGGUCUGUUUUGUUGGUGUUGGACUGUCAAUGAUCGCUCUGUUAGUGACAUUUAUCAUUCUUGUGUCAUUCAAACAUAUACAGUGUAAUUCUAACACCAUCCUCAUCAACCUAGUGUUUGUUAUCUUCCUCGCAGAACUGGCAUUUAUUGUCGGGGUGUAUAGAGUAGAAUCUAAGCAACAUGUAUGGUGUAAACUGGUAGCCAUUGCUCUUCAUUUCUUCCAUCUGUCAGCAUUUUCCUGGUUGUUUGUUGAAAUGCUCCACCUUUACAGAAGACUUGUGGAGAUUAGAGAAAUUAAUUAUGGUGCAAUGAAAUUUUAUUAUCUCAUUGGUUAUGUUGUACCAGGAAUUGUGGUUGGAUUUUCUGUUGGGUUAUACACUGAUGCUUAUGGUACAUCUCAAUUCUGUUGGUUAGACAUCACACAGCCAUUUAUAUGGACAUUUGCUGGACCUGUCAUGGUUGGUGCUCUGAGCUGUAUUGUUGUUACAAUCUUGGGAUUCCAUGCAACUACAAGAGAAAAGGUUCAUGUCUCAAAUAUUUCAUCUCACAGAUGUAGAAUAUUAUGUGGAGUUUUUCUGCUGUUGUUACUAGGAUUAAACUGGAUAAUAGGACUUUUGUCAGUUAACUAUGAUUCUACUGCCCUGUACUAUGUCUAUGCUGUAGUAGUAAUGGCUCAGGGAUUGUUCAUGCUCUUAGCAUAUGUUAUAGGGGACACAAAGGUCAGAAGUCAAGUAAGACGACAGUGGCUCAAAUGUCAAGGUAGAAACAUAAAGUCAGAAGAAAAUCUGGUUGGAAAAGGUGUUCCUGUUUCUAGGUCAGCUUUAGCCUACAGAAAUGAUGCAUCAUAUGAGGGCAAUAUAAACAGAAUCAGUGUUGGUAUAACAGCCUCCUCCACUACUAGUCGUUCUACCAGUAAAAAUAGUGGAGGUUUAUUUAAAGGUGAAGAUUACCUCUGUAGUACUACCUCCACAUCAGGACACGUCCCGGGAUCAAUGUAUCCUAACAAAAAAACAGCAUUGACACCAUAUGCUUAUGAUACAAAGGCUUACAUGGAGAAAAGACCGAAGGAACAAGAAAUUGAUGAAACUGGAAGAGUAAAACAUCCAAAUGAUUCAGAUUCUGACAGUGAUGCAUCCGAAGGAAACAUUAGUUUAGAGUUAGCAUCAAGUCAUUCAUCAGAUGAAGAUGACGAUGAUGAUAACAUUACCUCAUGGGAAAAACAAAUGUCUAAAAAUAAAAUUGUUGAAGAUGCCAAAGAACAAAUAAGGAAAAAGAAAAGAGAGAAAGAAGAUGCAGAUAAACAAAUACCAGUAAUAGAUAAUGCACAGAUGUUUAAUAAUAACCCACAGUUUAACCAUUGGCCAGGAGAUCCACAUCUGGCCAAUCACCAGAUAAACGAGUCAGACUUCCGUCCAUCUGACCAGUACAGUAUACAACACACGAUGUCCAGUGUUCCACCAGAUGUCACUUUACAUGCUCAGGAAUUCCAAGGUAACAGGGACUAUAUUAUACCUCCUACUCGAAUGGACAGUUUAUUGAAUGACUCCAGCAGUAUUAGUAAAGUAUCCUCUGUCAUGGCCAAUCUGCCAUCAGAACGAGUCAAAGUUCAAGUGCUAACUCACAAUGGCAGUAUAUCAUCUGACUCUGAAUGCAGCAAUGAGACCACAGUAUAACAGUUAAAAGAGACUAAAUGCCAAAUCAAGUGUCAUAAACAUUGAUCUCAAAUGAUUCUUUUAUUCAUUCCCAUUUCAAAUGAAAUCUUCUCAUAUUGAUCAUUCCAUAUUUAAUGCUCAUUUGGAUGGAAAUCCAGUUUCAAGUGUUUUUCAUUUCUUUGCUCUCUACUGCCUUUGUGAGAGCAGCAUAAUAUCUGGUGCUCCUUAUCAUUUAUUUUCCCAGUAAUACAUAUCAUUCAUAAAAAUACAUAUUCAAUUUUACAGAAAUGAAAUGUGAUAGAAUUUUUUUUUUUAUUUUGUCCUUAUACAAACCUGUGAGAUAGAUUGACAGGUUGAUCCUUGAAAUCCUUUGAUAAAAAUCCAGAAUUGAUGUGCUAUGUUUUUUUAGAUAUACUUUUAUCUCAAUGAUCUCUUUUACAAUUUAUACUUACAAAGGGUCAGAGUAUUGUAAUUCUUUCAUAUAAACUACAAAUGCACUUCUCCAAAAGGAACAAUUUAGAUAUUUCUGCAAAGAAUAUUUUCUUUCCAUCCACAAAGAAGUAAAUAAUGGUAGUUGUUCUUCCUUUAGAUUGAUAUUUUUACAUCCAUUUCAUCAUAUUUUUUUUAAAUGAUUCAAACUAAGUAUCUUGUGUUGUUAUUUUAUAUUGUACUUGAAUACCACUGGCAAUAAGUAACAAGUGGAUAAUUGGAAGUCUGUGAUUUAUAUAUAUUAAAGGUUGUGUAUAAAUGUAAUGUAUGUGUAUAUUGGAGAAUGUGUGAAUGAAUGAUGUAAAAGAAAAUAAAUUGAGUGAUAUUUUUGAAUGUGAUAUUUAAUGUGAAAUGUAAAUUUUUUAUAUAUAUGAUUUUUGCUUUGUAUAAGGACUCGUCUUUAUAUGAGCUGCCUUUUAUACAAAAUACUUCAAAAGUAAUAAAAAUAAUAAUAUGUA